UUCUUGUUCAGGAAUUUUCUUAAGCUCUUCUUUAAUUUCCUGAAUGUUUAUCCCACAAGAGUUGACGUGAUUUUCUGGAAUUUCGUCAUGGAUAGUUAUGAAACCAUUUUUGAGUUGAUUGCUUGACGGCGGGAGUGCUUUGCUUUGACCACUUCCUUUCCAGACUGCUGUAUUUCUAGAUAGCUCAUUAAUAUUAUUUUUGGUAUUCAGAAGUGUUCUAUUAGCUUCCGUAGCAUCUGCCACGUUGUCUUUCGACAUAUAUUGAUUAUUUCGAUUAGCGAAGCAAUCACGUGAGAGAUGUCCUAGCUUUCCACAGUUAAAGCAGGUAAUUUCGUUUCUAGGGGCAAAGUUAUUGUUUCGUUGUGAGAAUUGCUGGACAGGUGAUUUAGACUGGAAGUUAAUAUGACGAGUUGCUUUCUGUGUCGAUUCCGCUCUAGCUGCCAGAGACACGAAACUGUCAAAACUCAUUCCGUCUUGUCUAGCUAUUUCAAGAUUAAGUGCAAGUACUCAUCUAAUAAAUUAUUUGUCAUCCCGGGGUAAGCUCGUUUUACUAAAGAUGCAAUUCUGUUGGCGAGUGAAUCAAUAUUUUCAUUCUCUCGUCUCUUAACUCCAGACAUAAGUUCGUCGAAAGCACAGAUUUCUUUUGUGUCUGUUGUUUCGAGAAUACGAAGCAUUUCGCGUCGAACUGAUGAGUAA